CAUAAGAAAAUUACGAAAAAAAUAAUAACACGUGUAUUAAUAUAAAUACUGUAAAUUAGAAAAACAUAUGACCAAACAGGCUAAAAAUCUGUGAUAUGAACAAUUGCGAAUAAGUCUUAUAUAAAAAGGAUAUAAAUUUAGGCCUCUAAUAACAAUCGUUUAAACUAUCAACAAUGAAUAACAAUUGUCAAUAUUUUGUUAAACGUAAAAAACGUUUUUGUCGAAUGACAGUUAAAACUGGCCAUAAAUACUGCGGUGAACACGAGCAAAGUAAUGAAAAUCUAGAAGAGAAACGAAUUCCUUGUCCAUUAGAUAACAAACAUACUUGCUUUGCCAGUAAAUUAACCAAGCAUUUAAAAGUUUGUAACGCUAAAAUAGACGUUUUACCACCAUAUAUUAAAAAAAAUUUUAAUGCUGAAAAAAUUAUUGAAACUAGCGGAAAUUAUGUGGAACAGACAUCGGAAAGAUUCUUAUCAAAAGCACCCAUUGAAGAUGUGAAAAAUGUAUUAACAAAAAUUAGUCAAGUGUAUAAUGCUGUUAUUAAGGGUAAAAUAAAUGAAAAAAUCUUGGAUUAUGAGCUACUAACAAAUGAAAUUUUAAAUCCAGAAUUUGGAUUUACUACAAAGAAACAUUUAACACAAACGUCAUCCAUAUUAGGUCAUUUACAAAAUGCUGAACUUUUAAAACCGAAUACGAGCUUUAUAGAAUUUGGAGCAGGCAAAGGGAAGUUAAGUUUUUGGUUGGCAAAAUCUACAGAAAAUAUAUCUGAUACCUCUAUUGUAUUAGUCGAUAAGGCAAGUCAUCGCCAUAAAAUGGAUAAUAAACUAAAGAUUGAAAAUUGUUCAGCGCAAGAACGUAUUCAUAGAAUACGAGGUGAUAUUUUGGAUUUGGAUCUAUCACAAAUUGAUGUAAUUCGAAAAAGUAAACAUGUGAUUGGUUUAACGAAGCAUUUAUGUGGUGUUGCAACAGAUUAUGCAAUGAGAUGUUUAGAAAAUUUACACAAGGACUGUAAUAAUGUAACCGGAAUUUUAAUGUCUUUUUGUUGUCAUCAUCGUUGUUUAUGGAGAGAUUAUGUUGGAAAACAAUUCUUAUUAAAAAAUGAUUUCUCCCCUCAAGAAUUUGAUAUAAUGUGUGGUGUUGUAAGUUGGGCGACAAGUGGUGUUGGUAUGAGUAAAGAAAAACGUAAAGAAUUAGAAGAAUUAUCACAAAAAAGUUUAUCAUCCACAACAGUAGAAUUUGAUCGAAACAAGGAGUUAGGUCUUUCACGAGAUGAGAAGACUGAAUAUGGAAAAAUGGCUAAAUUAUUAUUAGACUAUGGAAGAAUGGAAUUUUUAAAGUCAUUAGGUUUUAAUUGUUAUUUAUAUUAUUAUGUAAAACCAGAAAUAUCCUUAGAAAAUGUAUUAAUUGUUGCAACCAAAUAAUAAGUACACGCUACAAAUUUUAAA